AUGUCGUCGUGGGAUGAGCCUAAAUGGUUCAAAGGUACUCGAAAGGCAAUUGGUAGAACCCCACACAUGCUUGUGGGCCACAAGACUAUAGAGGAUCCACAGAUCACUGUGUGGUCCCGAAAUAUGUCUGAAGCAAGCACUGGUUUGACUUCGAUCGGUGUGGCGGCUGAGCAGCUAGCCCAACGUUGGAUGUCUUCACUCAAGCACUUGCACGAGUGCGUUAAUGCCUUCCUGCCUGUGUAUGCUCCUAUUGAAGAUAACGAAAGCACAUUCAAAGGCGUAGAAACACCUGCUCGCACCAUUGAGCGAGUGAAGGCAGUGCAGUCGGCAUUGAUUCGUCUCGAGUCUGAAGCCCACGUUCACGCCAAUGAGGUGACAAACAAGGUGAAACUUGCUGUUGAUCAAGCCAAGCAAGAGGUUAAGAACAUUUCGCACCUGCUCACGAAGCGGCACCACAAGAAGAUUGACUACGACCGAAUAGUUUCGUCCUUAGCGCAUCAGGCUUCAAAAACUGGUGCCCCUUUUGAUGCCGACAAGACAGACACAGAAGAGCAGCGCCUCUUUGAGACGUACGAUACGCGUGUGAGAGAAAUCGUUCCCCAGUUUUUGGUCGAGAUGGAUGUAAUUCUCAAACGGCUGGUUCUGCUUGUGAAUGGCUCUACUGCGAAGUUUUAUGAAGCGGUCGCCAAAAACCUUGAGCAAGCCGCUAAAGAUGCUGAUUUACCAAACACUACCCUCAAUGAAGCUUUGAAUGAGUGGAAUAUGGAGUUUUCAGCCAUCAAGCCAGCCGUCGAAGCCUUAAGCUUCUGUAAGGGCGGACGCAAUGAGAUGCCCACUCACUUUGACGAGCGUGUACAUGUCCCUGGGUCGAACACUAUUUCCGAGUCUUUUGUUGGGCGUGCGUUCAACAAGGUCGCCCAAAACGUGGUCAUGCCUAGAUUUGUUGGCGGAAUGGGUUUCUUUGGCGACGAGAAGGCAUUGGCUAAAGAAGAUGCUGAAAAUGCUGAAAAUGCUGAACGAGAGGAAGCUCAGCAACGCGAACAAUCUGGCUCACCUCCCCCGAUCCCUCCUAAGGCUAGUCACGCGCAAUGGGCAGAAGCGCUCUACCCCUACAAAGGUGAUGACGGUGAUCUGUCAUUCGCCGCUGGAGAAAAGAUUCAAAUUUUGGACCAAGGUACAGAUGGUGAUCCCAAUUGGUGGCUGGGUAAGAAAUCUGACGGUGCUCAAGGGCUGUUCCCCAAGAAUUAUGUUAAGUUAUCUGAGCCGGCAUUACCACCGCGUAAGAAAGACCGGCCUCUCCCUCCCCCUCCGGCUGAGUCUGUGGAUGAGAAAGUAGUUGAAACUGUUAGCAAGGAGCCUGAUCAGGUCCUGGAGAAAUCCGCUGAACCUGUGGCCGAUGUUUCCGAAACAAUCAAAGAAACCAAAAUCGAGGGCGGUGGUGAUUCCAAAGUCGUAAAGGUUGAGCAUGAAGUCAACAUUUCAGAACACAAGCCAGACGCUUUCGAAUCCGUUUCGUCUGAAGAGCCAGUGACAUCCUCUGAGCCUAAACUGCACAUCGAGCCUGAAAAGCCCGCUGAGCCUGAAAAGCCCGCCGAGCCCGAAAAGCCCGCCGAGCCUGAGGAUUCCACAGACCAGCUUGAGUCGACGGAGUUGGAUAAACCUCUUGAACCGGUAAAGUCACCCAAGGCUGACGACUCCUUGGCUGAACCUACAGAGGAAGCCGAAGCCGAACCUGAAGAGCCCUCAACCAGUGAACCAGCAAAAGGAGAUGACCUUCUUUAG